AUGGUCAAGAGUAACUUGAACAAAGGGAGAAAAGGCAAUGUCAAAGCUUCUCCCCCGUUAGAGUAUGUUACUAAUACGGUAAAGCUGCUUCUCGUAACCCUAAGAAUGCCAGAAGAAGUGCGAAAGAGGAAGCUGAAAUGGGAUAAGAAAAAAGAUUUGAAGGAAAAUGCUCCCAUGUCAAAGAAUGCUCAGUUCCGUGGAAUACAGCCGAGUCCCUCCAUCCUUUCCUUUGAGGACGAUAAUUUGUUAGGGCGUAGAGGCACUAUUGAGAUCCAAAGAGCAGGCUAUAACACUGAGCUUUCUGCCCCGUUAGACAAUAUCCCUUUCUCUACCAAUCCUGAAAGGGAACGCAUUAAGGAAAAUAUAUUUAGGAACAAGUUGCAGUUUUUCGCCGUCGCAAAGGUUUCAUCGUCAUUUCCCCCGCCUGAUAUUCCAGAGAUUGCAUUUGCAGGUAGGUCAAAUGCUGGGAAGUCAUCACUACUCAAUGCACUUACCAGACAAUGGGGUGUUGUACGGACAUCAGACAAACCAGGCCACACUCAUGUGCUUCCAAUUUUCUUAAAACAAUGCUUUCAGUUUCGUAGUUGUAGACACUUGCCAAUCCCGAGGCCCAAACCUGAAGCCCAAUUACAGCUCAAGCCCACAAAGACAACUACAAGCCCAACAGUGACCCGCACAGCAACACAGAACCCAAACUGGCCCAAAGGAAACCCGAACCGGUUCAUGACUUAA